CCCCGAUUGGCUGGCGAUACAGGUGGGGGCCCCAGGUAGACAACCGACAGUGGCGGGCAGGUAGCAUGAUAUACCUCGCAUGCAAUCUCAGUCACAAACAGCAACAGCCGCAGCCGCAGCCGCAGCCACAGCCACAGAUGAACCUAAAGGAUUUCUUUGAAUCAUAAAAAUCCCCACAAUCAUGAACGGAAAACCUCAACGUCUGAGUAGACUCGUUCGUGACACCAGCAUUUCCUCCGACACGUCGACAGCAUCAGACAUGUCAACGUUUUCUACAACCGACUCUGAAGCCCCACUGGUCAGCAGCGGUGAUGGUGCCUGUCAGAAGCCCCACAACACCCGGAACAGGGGACUGGCCCUAGCAGUUGGCCUGUGUAUGUGUGUGAGUGUGGGGUCCCUCUGUGUGAGCCUGCUAUUGUACACGGGGGUACUGCAGCCCAACACCCACCCCACAGCACCCCACCAGGUCGUGUGUCUCCCCUGUAUGGACAUUGUGACCACGCCCUUCCCUGAACAGGAUGACAACAUUCACCUCUUGGACAGACACUUCGAGAACAGGACGAUGAUCUGUUGUGCCAAAACACCCAGGCAGUUUUCAAUACUGUUUGAUAAGCUGCUCGAGCGCAAGAUGAAGAAGAAAGAGGUCAUAGCGGCCCGUCGGGAGGAAUCCAGAAACCAGGCAGCGGGCCCGAAGUCAGCUGACACAGUGGGCGCCCAUCUGCUGGCUGGCCUCCAGAAGACAGUGUCCACAGAGACCCAGGUGCGGUCAUGGCUGGCCGACCGCCCUCUCUCCUUCAUGCACGGCCUCCAUCUCCACGCCGACCGCCUCGUGGUGGAACACAGCGGACUGUACCUCGUCUACAGCCAGGUCUACUUCAAGGUCAAUAUGGACGAUCCCUCCAUCCAGUCCCAUCCCCCGAGUCUGCUGGGCCAUCUCGUCCACCGCUACAGCGUCACCAUCCCUAAUGGGGGUCGGGAGGACUUGCUGCAAGCGGCACACUCGUGCUGCGGGGACGACGGUGACAGCCUCUUCCUCCACACCAGCCACGUAAUGGGCGUGUUCCAGCUGAGCAGCAGGGACGAGAUCUACGUGACCGUGUCCCACCCAGGACUCAUCUACCGCGACCCAACACGUAGUUUUCUGGGUGUGUUCAAGUUGAACUGAUACCUAGGUGCAUCAACCUGGGUACACGCCAGAAGCAGGUAUCAGCACCAUGUACACAGAUCAGCAUGAUGUAGAGGGCCAUAUGGAAUGUUCACACGGCACUGAUGUCACGGUGUUUAAUCUCUGUGUAGAGGUGUGGACAUCCGCAGAUCCCCGCUCUAUAGUGCAAUUACCUUCCAUGAUUACGGCUACCCAGAACAUUUACUGACGCCUGGACGCCGCUGUGUAAGUAGCCUGCUCUGGGUAACACACUUACCAUUGUGCCAAAACGAAGACACUUGUUCGGAGCUUAAAGCCUUAAACGACUCCCAUUCGAGUGUGCCAAAACCUUAUGCCACUAGUUCGGGCCCUGCUCUUUGUACACACUGUACGGGGAUGCGCUAGCAGCUUGACAGACAGGAUGUGGAGUGUGGUAGCCAUUAUUGAUACAGACACCUCUGGAUACAACGAAACAGGACAUGCAACAAUGGCCGACAGGGAGGCCACGAAGCGAAUGCUACUCUGCAAGGAGGAUAGGCAUAAAGAAUUCCUGUAAGACCUCGUCUUGUUCGUAAUGUCCGCUCAUAGCCAGACUAUCGGUGUGCUGGCAUGGGAAGUUACAUUUACCAGUGUGACGCUAAGUGGCAAUAUCGAAGCUCAGUGCUGUGAUACUAUUCAAAACCAUAUGUUAUAAAAGACACACACGCACGUACGCACGUACGCACGUACGCACGCACGCACGCACACAUACAUACAUACAGGCACAAAGACACACAGAAGGAUUCACAGGCACACAGACAGGCACAAA